AGAAGAGAAUCUAUGACGUUACUUUUCAGUUUUUAGCCAUACUCUCUUUCUCUCUCUCAGAUGCUCUUUAUCUUCAUUUCACAUGCUCUUGUCGCUCUUCACUCACUCACUCACUCACUCACUCACUCUAUUAUACUACUGCAAAUCACUGCAACCAAAACCGGAAACUUUCUUCUUCAUUCUCACCCUUCCCUCUACCCCCAAUCCACAUUUCUUCAGCAUUGGACGAUUAGGAUUUUGAUGCUUGAGUUUUGUGCUUUGUAAAACAUUGAUCUUUGCUGUUAUGGGGAAAGGACGAAGUCCUGGGAAAUGGUUCAAGAACUUACUCUUGGGGAAGAAGAAAUCAUCAUCCAAGUCUAAUUCAUCAAAGAAUGAUGAUAUUUUUAAACCUUCAAGUAACAAGGAUGUGCUGGGGUCUUCUGAGGUGUCCGUGUCGGCUCAAACUGUGGAUUCUUUGAUCAUAUCCGCACCUCUAUCUGGAACUAAUGCUACUCAAGGAGUGGUUUCAGAAAAGGAAGUAGUUAGCAGGCCAUCGAAUGACAGGGAUGUUCUUUCAAAUGGAGAUAAAGAGGCUCAUGCUCAGCCUAUUGCUAAUGUGGAAACUAAAGAGGAUCUCGAGAAACUCCAGCUUACAGAAGCAGCUAUAAAACUUCAGGCUGCCUGUAGAGGCUAUCAGGCUCGUCGAGCAUUUCAAACACUCAGAGCUAUCACACAACUGCAAGCUCUUAUCCGUGGCCACCUGGUUAGAAGGCAAGCUGUUUCUGCAUUAUAUUGUGUGAAAGGAAUUGUUAAAUUUCAAGCAUUGGCUCGCGGUUACAAUGUUAGGCGUUCUGAUUUUGGGCUUGCAGUCCUGAAAAUUCGAAAGGAUACUCAAUGUUCAAAUUCCACUGGGCUAGUUACAUCUACACAAGCAGAGAAGCUGUCAGACAGUGUCUUUAUCCAGAAGCUUUUGGCUUCAUCUUCCAAUGUACUUCCUCUAUCCCUCAAUGGUGAUCUUGGAGAACCUAACUUGGCUUGGAAGUGGCUUGACCGCUGGACAAGGUCACACUUUUGGAAACCUCUUCCUAAGUUAGAGAAGAAACUUGACUCAGUGUCUAAAGAAAAAAAUAGAAGUGGUCAAACAGUUGAGAAGGGACAAGUUAAAAGAAAUACCCGGAAAUCUCCUGCUGCGAAAGCUGAAGAUAGCUCAAUUUCAGGUUCUAACAAAUUUAAACAGCGUCCAAAGAAGGAUGCAAUUGCAAACCACUCGGUGCCUCCAUCUCAGGAACAACCACAUAAGGAAAUUGAUAAAACUAGUCUUAAGAAAUCUCGCAUGCAAAAUGGUUCGGACAGGCCUGAGGCUGUUAAUGAGAAAAGAAAACAGACCACCACUAGGAAAAUUUCAGAUCAUAUUGUUACUGAUCUUUCAGAGCAGGGUCCAAAUGCCUCUUCAGAGAAAGUGAAAGAUUCGACAGCGCCAAAGUCAAAAGAGUCUGGGUCUGACAAAAGUCUUGAACAGCAAGCAAAAGAAGAGAAUAAUAAUGAACCACUUAAGGCUCCUAUUACUGUCUUGCAGACUAGUGUGCAGAAUGGCGGAGAUGAUAAAAUUCAAGGAGUUAAUGAAGACUUGAAUGAUGGUGACAAAAUUAUCAGCAACAAUUACCAAAGAAGGGCCUCAUUACCUGCCAAUUUUAAUGAUAAGGAUAAUGAGUUGCAUAACACUCCAAGACUGCCCAGUUAUAUGGCUCCUACUGAAUCUGCUAAAGCUAGGCUAAGAGGACAAGGCUCCCCAAGAUUUGCUACUGAUUUGGCUGACAAAAAUAGUAUGACCAGGCGGCAUUCACUUUCAUCUUCCUUUAAUAGUAAGUCAGGUUCAUUUUCCCCAAGAGCAGAACUAAUUUCCAUGGGCGGAAGAGGGGUGAUAAGGACUGAUAGAUCUCUGUCUUCUUCAAGGGACGGAACUGACAAGAUGAUGCAGCCUCAGUGGAGAAGGUGAUUUUAUGCAAUCUUUACUUCAAGGAGGUAAAGACGAAUAGAGUAAAAAGUAUGCUUGGAUGACAUUGCAGGCUUUCUUUACUCACCAUUAUAUCUUAUUUGUGGUCGUAGAUACAAAAGAGGGAUAUAUAUUUUGAUCAAGAGUCUUGUAUUGACUUUCUUUUAGUAAAGGAGUAUUUUUUGUGGGUAUAUAUUUACAGAUCUAAACUGAUGUACUGGUUUUUCACUUUUUCUAGCAACUGAUGUAUUGUUCAAACUUCAAACAAUUGUUUCAAGAAAGCUUAACUUUAUUCAGUAUCAA